GGCGCGGGAGGGAAGGGUCUGGCGCGCGCGCGCGCGCGCUGCGAUGAGGACGGCGACGGCGCACGAUUUGGUCGUCGUCUCGCGAGAGUCGUGAGCUACCGCGGCGAGUGUCAGCGCGUCUACGCGCCCGCGACGGUGUUACGUGCACGCCGAGAGCAACCGCGAUUAAGAGACAGUGGCAGACUCCGCUCCGCUCCGCUUCGUCUGCUCCGACUCUCCGUCUCCGGUCGGACGGACACACGCGCGCGCGCGCGCGCGCGCGGGCGCACACGCGGAAUCGAGGCGAGAGACAACGAACAACGAGUCCUCUCCCGUGUCCGUGUCAUUGACUCAGGGCGAAGUGUCAAAAUCUCUGCUCCCGUGCCCGUUUUUCGCCGCCUCUUCUCCCCCCUACCUUAUCCCCCCCGUUUCGCGAGUAAUAUUAAAUUCGUCCGCGAAUAAUUUUCGCCGGCCCGGCGGCGCGGAUCCCUCUCUUCGUCACUUGGCUGGCGGAAGACGCGAGAGACCGAGGACAACAUAACACGGCGCGGCCCGAGGCCCGACACGGCGAGCAGGAGCGUGUGUAUGUAUGCGCUGUACACAUUUUAAUGUUAAAGGCUGAAUAAUGCUUGAAAGAUACGAGUGAACAUAAUAAUAUUGGCGUGAGGACUCUACCAAAAAAAAACUUAAUAUAACCAUGUAUCCAAGAUACAUUUAAUCAAAUUUUAUUGUCAGUGAUUAUAUAUUUGGCGAGGGUUGGAGAGUAAUGCCGGUUCAUCAGAUUAAUGUUAAUCCGCCUGAUUGGCAACCACCAUUGUCAAUUGGUCCUUCCAAUAAUACGAGUCCCGCUGGUGGAGAAGCUCUGUCAGAAUGGAUACCCCAGAAUUUUACUUAUGGUACAGUAGUUACUAUUAUACCAGAUGAUUGCCACUCGUCCGUAAGCACGUUAUCUUCGACCAACCAUGAUAUUUGCAGGAUCUGCCAUUGCGAGGGUGAAGAAGGCGCCCCAUUGUUAGCGCCUUGCUAUUGCAGCGGCAGUCUGCGCUACGUGCAUCAGGCUUGCCUUCAACAAUGGAUAAAAGCUUCAGACACGCGCGCCUGCGAAUUGUGCAAGUUCACAUUUAUCAUGCAUGCCAAGACAAAACCAUUCUGCGAGUGGGAGAAGCUCGAGAUGUCCGCGCUGGAAGUCCGAAAAUUAUGGUGCGCAGUCGCUUUUCACGCCGUCGCCGCGCUCUGCGUGGCAUGGUCGUUAUACGUACUCGUUGAACGAUCCGUGGAGGAGGCCCGUCGCGGAUUCGUCGACUGGUCCUUCUGGACCAAAUUGAUAGUCGUCGUGAUCGGUUCUACUGGCGGAUUAGUUUUUAUGUAUAUUCAAUGCAAAGCGUAUAUUACAUUAUGCAGAAAGUGGCGAGCAUUUAAUAGGGUGAUAUUUAUUCAAAAUGCUCCCGAGAAAGUGGUGCUUCCUCCCUCACCCACGGACUCUUUAAGAGAAGUUACCCUACCCCUGAAGGACCCAACUGCCUCGAUGGCCGAGCUCAACCGUACCUUGUUACCCCGUACCAUAGAUCCUCCAUGUGCCUCGCAAGUGGCGAAGCCCGACUCUGCCCCGCCACCGCAGAGGCACGAUGCUCAACUGAAACUUUACGUAUUCGACAAAUUGUCUUCGUCCGAGGACAAUCUAUAAUACUUCGGAGACGGAAAUGGUCGUUAAAAAAAAAAAAAAAAAAAAAAAAAUCGCCCGUCCGGAAGGCGACUAGCCAAAUUUCUCGGUUUCGAGGAUGAGGAGCGCGUCCCGGACGGAACCGGAUGAUUUUUAGACUAUACGAUUUCGUAACUCGGAAGCGGAAUUAUCCUUGCCGAAGUCGUCAAAUAUCCGCCCUCGUGCAGCACCUUUUUUUCCGAAACUUAGUACUUCAGUGCUUACAGUGUUGACAAGUGAGAUAGAGACGGAAGUGUGCAGCCUCGAAAAAAUGCUGACGCUUUCUUAUGUACAUAAUUAUUGUAUCUGUGAUGUUAUUAAAUAAACUUUACCAUAUUUAAACGAG